CCCCAGAAUCCAGCUUCCUCCCCCAGUCUCCAACCUCGCCGCCGCCGCCUCCCACACCUUCCGCCAUGGCGAAAUCGUCAUCGGCGACGGCGUCCGCGUCUGCCACUAAGAAGCGGCGUUCCAGAGGUGGGACUCUAACCCUAGAUGAGGUGAAGGCACUGGGCCGCGAGCUCCUCUCAUCGCGCGCCCACCUCAACCACGCCCCCGCCCUCCUCGCGCUCCUCUCCCCCUCCGCGCCGCUCGACCUCGCCCUCGAGGCGCUCAUCUCGCUCCAGUCCUUCUUCGUCCCGCUCAUCCCCUCUAUUCCCUCCGCCUCUGCGGCUGCCGCCGCGGGUGAUGCGGGCAGCGACCCCGAGCUCGUUUUCGGGGCCUGGCUUCGUCAGCGGUUCGACGAGCUCGUUGCCGCGCUAGUCGAGCUAAGCGUGUCUACGCACAGCGAUGACGCGAUCAGAGAUGUAGCACUGGAUGCUCUCAUGGAUUUCGUGAAGCUGGGAAAGGACGGGAAGUUCCAGUCGGCAAUUUACCACAAGUUUCUCCACGCUGUCGUCCAUGCUUCUGAUUCCGUUGAUCCUUUGUUAGAGUUGCUUGGGUCGAAGUACUUCAAAUACACUGAUGUUUGUUACUUUACUUACACUAGUGUAGACAAGAUCGCCAACAAUCUGGGGAGUAAAACCACCGACUCUGGAAAAGAUGCCUUGCAGAAUGGAAGUGAUGGGUCAGAAAACAAAGGUGCUAUUUUUGUACACAACAUAUACAAUCUUUUGGCUCAUGUUCCUGUGAUGGAUUACCAACAGGAUUCAACAUUUGAAAUGUGGAGUACUGUUGGCCUGUCUGCUAAAGGAGAAAAAGACUCUUCUAAGGACUCUUCUUCUACAACACACAUCAAGAAAAAAAUAAAAUUGAAGUUCACCAAAGCAUGGCUAUCUUUUCUCAAGUUACCACUACCACUUGAUGUGUACAAGGAGGUCCUUGCUUCAAUUCAUCAAAAUGUCAUUCCUUCAAUGUCGAACCCUGCCAUCUUAUGUGAUUUCUUGACUAGAUCAUAUGACAUUGGUGGCGUUAUCAGUGUGAUGGCCUUAAGUGGCCUUUUCAUUCUUAUGACACAACACGGUCUGGAAUAUCCAAAAUUCUAUGAAAAGCUUUAUGCACUACUGACUCCUGCUGUUUUUAUGGCAAAACACCGGUCAGUGUUCUUGCAACUUCUCGACACAUGCCUGAAAUCUUCUUAUCUUCCUGCAUAUCUUGCUGCUGCUUUUGCAAAAAGAUUGAGCAGACUUGCUCUUUCAGUUCCACCAGCUGGAGCUCUUAUUAUUAUUGCUUUAAUUCAUAAUCUGCUGCGGAGACACCCCUCAGUUAAUUUUUUGGUCCAUUGGGAAGUGGAUGAAAAUGACAGCAAUGCCAAAGAAGAAGCUAGCCAGCCUAAGAAGAUUGGUGCUGACCCUUUUAACAAUGACGAGGCGGACCCUGCAAAAUCUGGUGCAAUGCGAAGUUCUUUGUGGGAAAUAGACACGCUCCGACAUCAUUACACUCCUGCAGUUUCUAGAUUUGUCGCAUCACUUGAGGAGGAUCUCACUGUCCGGGCCAAAACUACUGAGAUGAAAAUAACGGACUUUAGUUCAGGCUCUUAUGCAACAGUUUUCAGGGACGAGGUACGGCGACGGAUAAAACAGGUCCCCCUUGCAUUCUACAGAACCACGCCAACUUCACUAUUUCAAGGAUCAGAUUUUCCUGGAUGGACCUUCGAGGACCAAUCAAGUAGCAACGUAGGAACUAUUGUAGAAGCCAAUGAAACAAUCGAGACGGUAGGGGCUAGCGACAGCACACCAUCCAAAAGGUUGCGGGCGGAGGCCUCUGAAGGGUGGACUCUUAAACAACACCUCAGUAAUCCUUUGGAGUCUGGACUAAACAUGAAGUCCGUGCUCCAUAUUUUGGGUAUUUUCAGUUGUCUGUGCUCUUGUGCACUUGGGCACAAUGUUUCUAUGGGACCUGAUGCCGUGAACGUUGGACUUCUUUGCACAUUCAAUUCGACUAUAGGGAGAGUUGCAAAGGUUGCCAUUGCUGCUGCAGUCAAUGACAUCAACAAUGAUCCGAGUAUUCUCUCGGGCACAAAGCUGGUUGUUCAGAUGCAAGAUACCAAUUACAGUGGCUUCAUUGGCAUGGUUCAAGCCUUGAAAUUCAUGGAGAAAGAUACAGUUGCAAUCAUUGGCCCACAAUCUUCAGUCGUUGCGCACGUCAUAUCCCAUGUUGCAAACGAACUUCAAGUACCUUUGAUGUCUUUUGCUGCAACUGAUCCUACUCUCACAUCGCUUCAGUAUCCUUUCUUUGUGCGUACCAUCCACAGUGAUCAAUUUCAAAUGGCUUCGGUUGCAGACUUAGUUGAUUACUAUGGGUGGAGGAUGGUGACAGCAGUAUAUAUUGAUGACGAUUAUGGAAGAAAUGGCAUAUCCUCCUUAAGCGAUGAGCUUGCCAAGAGGAGACUGAAGAUCUUGUAUAAAGCUGCAAUUAGGCCAGGAGCGAAGAAGAGUGAAAUGGCUGCUGUACUGGUCAAAGCCGCGAUGAUGGAGUCCCGGGUUUUUAUACUGCAUGCACAUGAUGACUCUGGACUUGCUGUGUUAUCAUUAGCAUACAAUCUUACCAUGGCAUCCGGUGGAUAUGUCUGGAUUGCAACAGAUUGGCUUGGUGCAGUCCUCGAUUCUUCCCCACGUCUUGAUAGUAGGUUACUGAGCACAAUGCAGGGUGUUCUCACAUUGCGUCAGCACACAGAAAAUACCAAUAGGAAGAAGACACUAGCUUCUCGAUGGAGCACACUCGUUAAGGAGGAUAAAGGUGGUGGCACGUUCUUGCUCAAUGCCUAUGGCUUUUAUGCUUAUGAUACUGUCUGGAUGCUUGCUCAUGCGUUGGAUGCAUUUUUCAAUAGUGGUGGAAACAUUUCCUUCUCUCCAGACCCCAGACUGCAUGCAGUUGCAGGAGGAGCUUUGAAUUUUGAAGCAUUGAGCGUCUUUGAUGGGGGGAUGCUAUUGCUAGAAAGAAUUCGCGAAGUAAAGUUCAUGGGUGCAACUGGCCCUGUAAAAUUGGAUUCAGAUGGUAAUCUUAUCCACCCUGCGUAUGACAUUAUAAACAUAGUAGGGUCUGGUUUGCGGACAAUUGGUUAUUGGUCCAACUAUUCUGGGUUGUCCAUUAUGUCCCCUGAGACUCUUUACAAGAAACUACCCAAUGGCACUAUUGAAAAUCAGAAACUCCACACUGUGAUCUGGCCAGGCGAGACUAUAACAAGGCCCCGGGGAUGGGUAUUCCCUAACAAUGGAAAUGAGCUGAGAAUUGGAGUCCCAGAUAGGGUUAGUUACCAUCAAUUCGUAUCAUUUGACAAUCAAACUGGAUUGGUGGAUGGGUUCUGUAUUGAUGUGUUUGCUGCUGCAAUGAACUUGUUGCCGUACCCAGUGACUUAUAGGUUUAUACCUUUUGGCAACGGCCGUGAGAAUCCAAGCUAUACUCAGCUUAUCAAUCAAAUUGUCACAAAUGAAUUUGAUGCUGUUGUUGGCGAUGUAGCUAUUGUCACAAAUCGGACGAAGGUUGUUGAUUUCACCCAACCGUAUGUUGGGUCCGGGCUUGUCAUACUUACCUCUGUUAAGAAGCAGAGCUCGAAUGGAUGGGCUUUCCUGCAGCCAUUUACCAUCAGAAUGUGGUCCGUGACAGGAGUGUUCUUUCUGAUCGUAGGAGCUGUGAUUUGGUUGCUCGAGCACAGAAUCAAUGAUGACUUCCGCGGUCCUCCAGUGAAUCAAGUUAUUACUGUUUUCUGGUUCAGUUUCUCAACUCUGUUCUUUGCCCACAGAGAGGACACCAGGAGCACGCUCGGGCGUUUCGUGAUCAUCAUCUGGCUCUUCGUAGUCCUGAUCAUCCAGUCCAGCUACACUGCCAACCUGACCUCCAUCCUCACCGUGCAGCAGCUCACGUCCCCGAUCAGGGGCAUCGACAGCCUGAUCGCCAGCGACGAGCCGAUCGGGUUCCAGGUCGGCUCCUUCGCCGAGAGCUACCUCGUUCACGAGCUCGGCGUGUCCCCGUCGCGGCUCAGAAAGCUCGGCUCUCCGGACGAGUACAAGGCCGCACUGGACCUGGGCCCUCGCAAAGGAGGCGUCGUGGCCAUCGUCGACGAGCGUCCGUACGUCGAGCUCUUCCUGACCCAGCACGACAAGUUCGCGGUCGUGGGACCCGAGUUCACCAAGAGCGGCUGGGGCUUCGCGUUCCCGCGGGACUCGCCGCUGGCGGUGGACCUGUCAACGGCGAUCCUGACGCUGUCGGAGAACGGCGACCUCCAGCGGAUCCACGACAAGUGGCUGUCGACGGGGCCGUCGUCCACCACCGCCGACCUGCAGCAGGACCCGGACCGGCUGCAGGUGCAGAGCUUCUCGGCGCUGUUUCUCAUCUGCGGCGCGGCGUGCGUCGCCGCGCUGGCCAUCCACGCCUGCGUGCUCGUCCGCCAGUACUCCCGCCACGUCGCCGCCGAGCAGGCCGCGCUGUCCGGGGGCGGGGCCGCCGGCGACGGCGCCGCCAUCUCCCGAUCCGGCCGCCGCAGCGGGCUCCGGUCGUUCCUGUCCUUCGCCGACCGCCGGGAGCCGCAGCUCCAGAGGGGCUCCAAGGACCCCGCGGCGCUGGGCGCGUCCGGCUCCAGCAGCGGCGUCAGCAGCUUCACGUCGAGCAACGCCAGCAUGUCGUCGAGGUAGCCACGCCACGCCCGCCGUUCCAGGUCCCGUGCGCGUACGCACGCGUAGGCCGUAGAGGCAGGCGUAGAUGGCCGUAGCGGCACUGAUUUCUACCGUACCUGGGUGGGUGCACGAACGGGUCCCGUGUCCAGGGGCGCAGUGAAUUUGGAUCUCCGUGUGCUGCGGAAUUGUAGAGUUGUGUGUAAAGCAGCUGCACAUGGGGGGAUAAAUGUCGGAUCCUAGGCACGUGAUUAGGAAAGCAACCAGUACAGUGCUGUACAUGAACUUUUACCAUCCUGUAGCCGUCACCUUCACCCGUGUAAAGACAAA